AUCAUAGGUAUUUUAACGCCUAAAAACGUGGAGUUUAAUGCUCGAAAAAGGAGCAUUUGCGGGGAGUUUUAGUUCAUCAUUAAUAACUGCAUCUAUGGGGGGGAAAUCCCCGUUAUUAAUGGAUAUACCUGCUAACACCACUUUUGCGAUGUUAUGUCGCCGUCUUGUGGACACAACUGGUAUUGCAACAUUUAAACUUUUUUUUUUUUUUUUUUUAAGCCAUCCCAAAGCCAAACUACAGUAAAGUGACAAGUACAGCACAGAGACGUCUCUUCACGAGCAACCUGAAAUCCCCCGUGUGAUGCCCUGUGACCCCGCAAACGUUUUUAUUUCUUCUUCUUCCAAAUAGCACGGGCGAUUUCCUGUAAACCAGGGCCUCCUCCUGCACAGCCAUCGGAAUCGGGUGUUCACACUGAUGCGUGUCUGCCGUCCAGUCCUCUGACCAGAUGGCCAUGUGGCCUGUGUCCCAGGAACGCCCUCGGCAGGCGGCCAGAGAGCCCGCCGACACCCCCUUCCCGGGAGAGGCGCCCUUUGCAUGGAGUCUCCACCCCUCCCGGUCCCCCUCCUGGAACCUGUCACAGACUGAGCGCUUUCACACUUUGCUGAAGCGGCAGAUACUAAUGUCUGGAAACGGGGACCCUCCAGGCUGCAGAGAUGCCCCCCGAGAACACAACCAGAACCGGGGAACGUAGCCAAAGGGCCCUGGAUCUCCAAACCGCAAGAGAACGGGAGCCCGGCUCCUCCAUUGCUCUGGCCUGGACGCCCAGCAGCUGGCUCUUUAAGCUGGCCUCAGCAAUUCCUGUUGCUUAGCGACAGGCGCAACGCACGCUGGGAAGUGUAGUGGCAGUGGACCCGGUGUUUGCCCGGAAGUGCGUCACGCGUCAGUCGCGAAGCACGCUGGGAAUUGUGGCAGCGCCGCCGCUUUGCAUGCCGGGAAGUGCGUCUUGCGUAGCUCGCGUGGCAUUCUGGGAAGUGCGGCAUGCGUCGGUCGCAAAGCACGCCGGGAAGUGUGGCAGCGUCGACGCAUGCGUGCCAGAAGGUGCGUCUUGCGUCGUGUUGCGUGGCAUGCUGGGAAGUGUGUCAGGUUUUGGUGGAGAGGUAGACCGGAAGUGCAACUGUUUGGGAGGCGGGACAAGACGGGAGGUGCGUCUCGGCGAGCGCGGGGCACGCCGGGAAGUGUGUCCGGGGCCGCAUUGGGGACUGUGCGUCGGGAGGACAGGGCUCCGCGGGCCGGAGGAGGUGGAGGGAGGCGGCGGGAUGGCGGAGCCGACGGCGGAGCGGAUGGAGCGGGCGGCGCGGGGCACCGAGGCCGUGCGGGGCCGCGAGCCGGGCUGCGGGGAUAUAAAAUCCCUGUCAUCCAGAAUCUGGGUGCGACCUUAUACCAGUCGAUGCCAUUGGUUUUCUGACGAUGAAAUCCGCAAACUGGACGCUUCCCCUGCCGAGGAGGCUGAAGACCCUCCUGGGGAACAAGGGCAGGACACGCCUUGUGAGGGGCAGCUGUGUUCCCGACUGAGCCGGGCACCUACUUGGACUCGGAGCUGAUCCGAUGCGGGCACUGCCACCCCACCUGCAGGACCUGCGUGGGUGAGUGCAUGGCCGCACGGGCCUCGGCGUCGUGGGGCCGACAGUCCUGGAACCCGGGUUACCCAGGGGGUGGGUGGCUCCCUGUCUUGGACCUGAGGAAGCCUUAGGACCUCCUGGGUGGCCGUGAGGUUGCGAGGUUUGUGGAUCAAAUACCAAGAUGGGGGUGGGGUUGCUCUUGAUAGGCAUUGAGGGUGAAUUGGGGAAGUUGCAAAGGAGGUACGUGCCCGACUGUCCAUCCUUUUAUUUAUUUUUAUUGAUAUCAGAGGAGGGGAGAGGGAGAGACCUCACCGAUGGGAGGGAAUCAUGGAUGGGCUGCCUCCUCCCGGCACUCUGGGGAUUGAGCCCACACCCCAGGCAUGUGCCCCGACCGGGACUCGAUCCUGGAACCUCCUGGAGCGGGGGACCCGGUCCCCAUCCAGCCGCGGGAACCUGUCCCCUGAGUGUCCCCCGACAGAUGUGACGAAACUGCCUGAGCUGCAGCCGCUGCAAGGCGGGCCUCGCGCAGCUGGGGGCCUCGUGCGUUGCGACCACACCUGCAGCAACGGGGGGCGGGGUGGGACGGGCUGGGACCCCCGUGGCACCUCAAGUCUGACCGACCCCCCUCUUCUCUC